CCACCAUGGGUGCCUCGGAGACCCCAACGAUACAAACUAAGACAAUAGUCAAGGGUCUUGUAGCUGGUAGCGUCUUAGUACUUUUAGGAGUAGCUCUACCGUUUGCUUUCGAAGCGCUCAUUGGUUUUAUCCUUAACAAGAUGAUGAUAAUUGAUCCCAGUUCACUCGUUUACCAAGAAUGGCAGAACCCAUCCCUUCCGGUCUAUCAGAGAUUCUACUUUUUCGAUCUGGAAAAUCCAGAAGAGGUUCUCAAAGGUGGUAUACCAGAAGUGAAAGAAAUUGGACCUUAUUCUUACAGAUUAUUCCUACCUAAGGAGAAUAUAUCCUUUAAUUUAAAUGAUACGGUGACGUUUCUUCAGAAGUACCGAUAUGUCUUCGAUCCGUCGGAGUCAGUUGGUAGUGAACAUGACGUGUUUACGUCAGCCAACAUUCCUAUGUGGUCUGUGGUAUACAUGUUCAGAGAUGCACCGAAAUUUCUGCAAAGAAUCCUAGCAGGGAUCAUCGGUAACGUUGGGGAGGAACCCUUCAUUCAGCUGAGUGUCAGGCAGUUUGUUUGGGGAUAUGACGAACCCCUCUUCAAAUGGCUGAAUGAAAAGUUUCCAGAUCUUGGACUGCCGGAAGAGUUUUCUGAAGAAUUCGGGUUCCUUCUUGGGAGGAAUGACACCGAGUUUGGUGAAUAUACAGUUUUUACCGGCGUGGAAAAUAUAUCAAGUGUCAAUCUUGUCGACAAAUUUAAUGGCCUCCCGGAAUUAAAUCAUUGGGCGUCAGAUUAUGCAAACCAGAUUGUAGGAACAGAUGGCAUGAUGUAUCAUCAGGAUAUAAAGGAAGAUGAAUUAUUAAACUUAUUUCAUCCGGAUCUAUGCAGAUCCAUGCCUUACACGUACGUUAAGGAUGACGAGCUUAAAGGUGUACCGUUGAAGAUGUUUGGUAUUGCCCCAUGGGCUUAUCAGAACAGUAGUGUCUUUCCUGACAAUGAGGGCUUCAAGGUCAAUGACCGCGACAGUGUACCUACGGGUCUGAUGAGAGUGGAUCCUUGCAGGUUUGGAUCACCAAUGGCCGUCUCCAACCCACACUUCUUCGAAGGGGACCCCAGUCUCCUACAACAGGUAAAAGGACUCAAACCAGACGCUGAGAAACACCGCAAUUCCUUUUCCAUCGAACCCACAUUAGGUAUGCCAUUCAAGCUACGCAUGAGAAUACAAGUCAAUCAAUACAUGGAGAAAAGUGAUGUAAUAAAACAAACUGGAGACGUUGAAACAAUGCACAUGCCAGUGUUUUGGUUCGAAAACGGUGUUACUGCAACAGAUGUUCUGAUAAGUUAUUACGACCUUGGAAUUAACCUAUCUGGGACCAUCGCAACUCUUCUGCAUGCAUUUUGUUUGUGCGUUGGUGCCACUCUGCUCGUGGUAUUCUUAGCAAUGGGGCUCUUCCGAUUAAUUCAAAGACGGAACAGUGACAGCUCUAUGACGAAACUAGCAGACGAUGAAGCUGGGGAAAGUAUCGAACACGACAACCUUGCCUAUACAAAAAGUAAAUUAGACAUUGAAGAGGAACGUAUGUAAGUUGCGGCUUGAAACGGGGACAAGAAAUAUUCACGAAGGAGAGAUGUGCGAAAUCAUUGUUAAAGGACUUGCAUGUCUUCAUUGAAAAAGACAAGUAAAACUGCAGGGACAGCAAAGUUUCGAUUAUUGUAAAUCAAUCUACCUUUGACCUCGAGUCGUCAUCCAUAGGUCCAGACUACAUUAGAUACAGCGUGUGUCCUAUAUAAGGAGUCAGGUACACGACUGGACUAAGCGCACAUAGACCUUUACACGUCUGUUGUGGCUUAGAAUGAAUUGUUCAUGAAACUUAAGACAGGCAAAACAAUUGAUUACACAAACCUGACAAAUAAUCUUUUUAAUAAAGAUAACAAUGUUGUAUAAUAUUUUACUAAACUUAUGUCAUACAGAUAAAGUUAUCUGUUUUUAUAACAAUUUUCGAAUUAAUAUCACAAUUAAUCAUUAUUGACAAUGUGUUAUUUCUGUUGUCAUAAAGUCAAUACAUUGGCUUUUAUGUACAGAAUAUUCGGAAAAACUAAAAAUGUUAUACAGUUAAUAAAAUGUAUUUGAAUCCUAUCUAUAUGUUGUCAUAGUGUAAUUAUUAAUUGUGAUGCAAAAAUUACGUAUACGAACAAAAUAAAAUUCAAUUUUAAUACGAACAUGAAACAAAUUAUGUACGUGUCGGAAGUAAACACUUCGCUAAGAUCAUUAUUUAAGAAUGGGUUUCAUUUGCUGAAAUUUCACGAAAUUCGUAAUGUAUGUUAUUUAUUUAAAUCCGACUCUUUCCUAAAGUGGCGGACACUGCAUGUAAAUGUUUGCCUGAAAGCUUACGGCUGUUUGCUGACAGUGUUACCGUUUAGCCCACUGUUUUUGAAGCUUCCCUGUCUUUAUGACUAAAGCUUCCUUUUCACCCAAGUUUAACUGUAAUAUUCGGAAGCUCGCGCUUUCAAAACAGUUAACCCACCAUUAUGUCUUUUUUCAACUAUAACCAAUGUUCUGGCUUCGGCUAUUUGGAAAGGAAACCCAAAUACGAUAGGCAUUACGACUCAACUAUCUCAGUCACAGACAUAAUGUAUGUGAUCUCAGUGCGUUGUUGCUUCUUAUACAGCGCCCUCCUGUGCCGAUAUAUUAUGGAGAACUAAGUAAUUGCAAAACAACCGCAGUAAUACUAAUCUGUUCAGGUUUAUUCAAAUUAAUAAUUAUUCACAACCUUAAAGUAUUCGCUGACGGCGCUGCUUAUCCUUGUGAUAAGAUUGUGGGAACCAGUGAUUUUUGUUAACCUAGUUUUUUUUUGUUUAAAAUGGCUUAGCAUGAUUAGGGAAAAGUACAAAGCAGGAACUGGGCACCGUCAACCAAACAGAUUACAGCUGCAGCCUGCUGUACAAAGAUCCAUCUUAAAAUCAGUUUUCAAUAUCAAUGUGGUGACUUGAAUUGUGACGUCAGACUUCGCUUAGCAAUAUUUAGAUUUAUUAGAUAUUAUUUCCCCCCCCCCCCCACAGAACUCGAGUAAGUACUGAAUAUACAGUGCUUAUGGGUAAAGCACAAACAUUUAGAUUGAUAACGCGAAAAGAUCAAUGUGAUCUUUGUGAACUUUGCAACAGGGCUCACUUUCAUCGAUCUGCUCAUAGGCACACAAAGUAGCUUAGCCCAUGAUAAUAAUGCUUUCUAGGAUUAGGUUACCAACCAAAAUACCAUGUCACGUGUACACUUUAGGACUGGUAUCCUGCUCAGUUUGCUAAGCAGAAAAUGGUUAAAUAAAAUAUUUCCUGCCUUAGCCGGCUCUGUGAAAUAGGGUCUUGGUCACCAUUAUUAUAACGUACCAAGUGAUACUAAGUUACGUUUUUGUUUGCGGAUAAAUCAUUUGUCUUCUUGCUUAUGAGGUAGAACAGAAUAAUAAAACUAAAACUUCUGAAAUGUAAAUAAUAGCGUUUUUCAAUUAUAUUCAACUAUAUUCAUAUCAUUUCCAUAAAAUUGCCAAGCUAAUCAAAGUAAAUCAAAAAGUAAACAAAAACAUCAACAAUUAAACCAUAAUUAUAGCUCAGGAGAAAAACCGAAGAAGAAACAACCUUGACGAUUAAUAUUAUUUAUGGUUCAAAUUGUUUAAAAAAUCAAAAUCAAAUCUUCUUAUAUUAAUGAUUAUAUAAAAUGUAAAAUGUGUAUCAUAUAAAACCAUUUAACACCGAUGGAUAUAAUUAUAAUAUAUACAAGUUAAAUACAAUAUAAAAACAAUUUAUUAUAAUUUUCUAAAGCUCUUUCAUGGACUAAUCUACUGAAGCGAAAUCGACAACACGCAACACCAAAACAUCCUGGCAUGUACACAAGUUGGUUUUAUACAAUCUUUGACUUACAACUACCAGAAAUAGAUUUUAUAAAAACAGUUCUUAUACCGUUUUAACAAAAUUACUUUCUGUCUAUAUAAAGGAUGGGGGGCUAUAAUGUUCUCAAGAAAGCUGCAGUUUUAUAAUUAAAAAAAAAUUCUUACGAAACAUACAGACACUUAAAUAUGAAACUAAACAUUGAAAAAAAAAAAUCGAUUUGGAGUAAAAAAAAAAAAAUAAAAAAAAAAGGAAAAAAACAAAAUUGAUCCUUUUCGUUUAGCUCCUGAAAGUUCAUAACACUGUUGUUCCUUCCAAUUCAAAUAUGAAUGACUGAGGACUUGUUUGUAAAAGGAACCGAACCAUAAUGUUCUUUUAAACAAUAGCAAAAGUUCUAAGUUAGAAGAAGGAUAUCUAUUGGAGGAGGAGUUCUAAUGGAGGAGGAGUGUGAACACUGAAAAUUUCUACAAUCACAUGUUUUUUUAUUUUUUAUUCUUGAUUUGAGCAAACGUUUCGAAUCGAAAACUAGUCUAGCAGCAAAUAUUAAAAAAAAAUAAAAAUAAAUAAAUAAUAAUUAUAAUUACUGGAAUCAUGACAAUAUUUUUAUAGCAAAAAGAAGACACGAGAAAAACCGAUUAUCGAACAUUUACCUUUAUAGAUCAAUAUUAAUUUUAAAGGGAUAAUUUUUUUUAAGGGGGUUGUACGAAUCCACUCAGACAUUAUACAACAAUACUCACACACCAUUAAUAUCUUGGAUCUUCAGUAACGAUGUAAAUUCUUACCAAAGAUACGGUAAAACGCGGAAUCUCCUAAGUGGUUGUUCAUAAUAAAGUAUUGCUUCACAAAGUAUACGCCAUAAUGUAUUUACACGGGAGGUAAACCAAUAUGGAAAAUGGGGAUUCCCCUUGACGUGAAGUAAUGACGUCACGACUCGUAAU